AUGGGGACGUGUACUUCAUGUGCCAAACCAGGAAUAAAUGGCCAGAUUUCCCAGAUCCCCGGACUGUCCCAAACCAUCAACGCUCUUCCUGAGGAGAGGUCCCGAGGACGAAGAGUCGGAGUCCUGGAGAGUGAUUCUGACUAUGUCAAACUUGCAAAGCAAGGAGGCCAUAAGGGACUUUUGUGGCAUGAAGAUGCAAUCACUUCUGAAGCUAAUUCAUACACACCACCAGACUGGUUCUGCACUGCAUCAGGAGACAAUAGCAAACUAAGUCUAAUUAACAGUGAAGAGAAGAAAAGCCCUGGAGCUUUUAAACCGCUAGAGCCCCCUUUUGGGACAGACAGUAAGUCAGCCUGGGAGAGAGAUGAUUGCAGCAGCAAUGGAAAAGAGAAGAAUAACAAUGUUCAUUACAGCCAGAUGGAGAAUGUGCAGUCACCCAGUCAGUAUCAUCAGACCAGCAAAUUCAAGAGAAUAGUAUUUGACAAGAAACCAGCUCCUGUCGACAUGACGAAGCUGUUGAGCUUUGGUUAUGCAGAAGACGACAAACCAAAAGCCAACACUGAUUUGUCAAGUAAGUAG